CCUCAGUCAAAAAUCUCUGACCACCACCACUUCCUGCCAAAGCUCAAAGUCCACUGAAUGUUGAACUUCGACUGACCAGAGGCAAGCCGUCAUACUGUUUUAAUCAAGACUGGAAGUAUCAGUUGUACCAUGCUGAAGAGCACCACCCGGUCGUGAACUUCCUCCAGAGACCUGUAUAUGUCGAAGUCUGCAUCCUUGACGAAGGGAAUCCGGCUUUGGUCCUGGCCCUACAGGACUGCUGGACAACUUCUUCCUCCAACCCAAACAGCCUGGCCCUAUGGAGCCUCAUUGUUCAAGGAUGUCCCUACCAGAAUGACAAAGGCCUGACCCGCCUGGUUCAAGUUGGAGGGUCCUCUGGUCCUCCGAACCCGACUCACUAGAACUACCUUGUCUUCUACAUGGUCACAUUUGUGGACAAAGUGUCAUUACGGCAUAAGAAGGAGAAGGUUUUUGUCCAGUCCCGUCCCCGCCCAGCACCUGUCAACAGUCCUGCCAGAGAUAAAGCCCUGGGUCUGUCUCCACCCAGCCUAUGAAGAGUGCACGGGCCAGUUGGCAGAGGCGCACUGUGCGUUUAGGAUGGGCCAGGCUCCAGGCUGCUGUUGGCUCCGUUCUGCCUCUUCGCCUCUCCGUGCGCACUGCAGGCAGCCUGAUGUCCGGACACUUGCUGCGCUCCGCUCAUUGAUCAAGAGGGACCGCAUGAGCACAAGCAAGGCGACGGGGAAUCAUUUGGAGGCACAUGGCUCGAUGACAUGAUGGUCCUGCCCUUUUCCCCUCCCCACUCCACCUCUUUCCUCCCUAUUUUCCUUCUGUUCCUCCCUCUCCUUCCUCCGUCCCUCCACUCCCCUGCCCUCUCUCACUCCCCACUGAGCUGGACUUCGCCUCACGACCCCUGCUACCACCUGGAUGGCCGUCCACGUCACUGCCUGUCGGAGUUCAUCAACGCCGCCUACGGGGUCCCGGUCAGCGCUGGCCAUUCCCUCCAAGGAUCUGAUCAUGACGCGAACAUCACCACCUUGACGGACCUCCACAACCCCCACAACCUCACCUGCUGGAUGGCUCAAAGUGGAGGCCCUGAUGUCGGGGACUGGGUCCUCACCCUUCCCCUGGGCAGACGCUUUGAGGUCACCUAUAUAAGUUUGCAGUUCUGCCACCAGGGGGAGCCCUCAGAUCCAAUUUCCAUCUCCAUCCUGAAGUCUAUGGACCACGGGCGCACCUGGAGGCCCAUGCAGCACUACUCCAGCGACUGCCCCAGGAACUUUGGCCUGCCAUCGCAGACGGUAGCCCAAACACGGCACCAGGAGACGGAGCCGCUUUGCUCGGAUCCUCGGCCCCUGCAAAGGCAGCGGGGCGGCAUGGUGCUGGCGUUCUCGACCCUGGAUGGACGACCAUCCUCCCCUGACUUCGACUACAGCCCCACCCUCCAGGACUGGGUGACAGCUACGGAUAUCCGCGUUGUGUUCCACCAGGUGUCAAAACAGGCCAGGGCGGGCAGCUCUGAGGAGAGGGAAGAUGCCAGUUGGGCUGAUGGUUUGGGAGCAGAUGGUGGCGCUGGGGUUCUGAGGUGGAGAGCAGGCCACAAGGGAGGCACUGGAGAUCAGGUGCACAAGACGAAUAUCGAUAAUGCACUCAUCUUUUUUGAUAGGGAGACAAAAAACACAGAGAUAAGAAUGGGGAGCAAAGGGGAGAAAACGGACAAACUUGGGAGGAAGGCUCGUUAUAAAGGCUCAGGUCACAGAGAGGAUGGUCACAAUGUGACAGGGAAGGAGGUGGCGGACAGUUCGAACAGGGACACACUCACUUCCUCAAAGAAACGUGGGAAAGGCAAAGGGCAUAGCCACAAGAAGGAACACCACCACUGGCAGCCUUGCCCAGACGGAGGCUGUAAUUGGACGGUUGAGGGGCGGAGCAGGAGCAAUAAAGGGCGGGAACUGAGGCGGAGAAGGAACAAUAAUCCUAAUGCAAAACAAACCUCCAGGAACCUGCAGCUGGCUCCUCCUUCUCCUUUUAUCUCCGCCUCUCCUCUCCGCCCUCCCCUGGCCCUGUCUGACCUCCAGGUGGGAGGCAGGUGUAAAUGUAACGGACACGCCUCCAGGUGUCGUCGUGAUGACACGGGUCGGGCUGUGUGUGUGUGUGAGCAUCACACGGCGGGUCCAGAUUGUGAUGUGUGUGAGGACUUCUACUUCGACAGACCUUGGCAUCGAGCCACACCCACUCAUCCAAACCCCUGUGUUGCGUGUGAGUGUAACGGCCAUUCAAACAAGUGCCGGUUCAGCAUGGAGGUGUUCCAGCAGUCGGGCCGGCGCAGCGGGGGCGUGUGUCAGAAGUGUCGGCACCACACGGCAGGACGGCACUGCCAGUACUGCCAGAACGGAUACACCCGCGACCACAGCAAGCCGCUCAACCACCGCAAGGCCUGCCAAUCAUGUCAGUGCCACCCGUUGGGAGCAGUGGGCCGCUGGUGCAACCAGACGUCUGGUCAGUGUCUGUGUCGGGACGGGGU